CUGAGAUUCUGUUAUGUUGAAGGUGUUGAUGGAUACUUUGGGCCAGACUUUAGAACUAGUGUGAAAGUAAAGAUGCCGUAUUUCCUACUUCUACCAAGAGCCUAACAGAACCAGGCUGCGUCUGUCCAGCCCCAUGUCUACUGACCAGGAGAUCUGCCAUCUGUGUAAGGAAGACCUGAGGGACCCAGUCUCCAUCCCGUGCGGCCACAUCUUCUGCUCCAUCUGCCUGAAGACCUACUGGGACCACGCUGACCACACCGGUUCCUACAACUGUCCACAGUGUCGGGUCACCUACAACAAGAGACCCACCCCGCGCCGCCACCAGACCUCCCGCUCCUCCUCACACUCGACCCACUCCCAUCCCAGGAUGUCCGAGGCCUACCCUCCUCCACCUCCAGACCCAGACUACAACUACGCCGGACCGCAAGAUGUGGGAUGUGAUAUCUGUAUUGGGAAGAAGCACAAAGCCAUCAAGACAUGCUUGAUGUGCCUGGCAUCCUACUGUGAGAGGCAUCUAAAGCCCCACUAUGAGAACCCUGCCUUCAAGAGGCACAAGCUGGUGGAUGAGAUCGGCCACCUGGACAGGCAGAUUUGCCCCCAGCAUCAGAAGGGUCUGGAGCUCUUCUGCAAGACUGACCAGAUGUGUAUCUGUGUUCUGUGCACCGUGAAGGAGCACAAAGGUCACGACAUGGUAUCUGCUGAACAGGAGAGGUCAGAAGAACAGCAACGUCUGGGUGCCACCCAGGCAGAGAUCCAGGAGAGGAUCCAUGAGAGGCUUAAGCAGAUGGAGGAGCUGAAACAAGCUGUGGAUUCACUCAAGAGCUCAGCCCAGAGGGCUAUGCAGGAGUGUGAGAAGUUGUUUGGUGACAUGAUGCGUUCCAUCGAGAGGAUGCAACAGGAAAUGACCAAGCUAAUCUCCUCCAAUAAGAGGGCAGCGCUGAACAACGCUGAGGGUCACCUAGAGCGUUUGACCCACGAGAUCGCUGACCUCAAGAAGCGAGACAACGAGAUCACACAGCUGUCACGCACGGAGGACCACAUCCACUUCAUCCAGAGCUACCACAUGCUGAUCGCCCAGACGGAGGCUGAGGAGCUGCCCACAGUCUCAGUGAACCCCUACUUCUCCUUCGGCCCCGUCACCAAGGCUGUCUCUGAGAUGAAGAUCCACCUCCAUGACAUCAGCAAUGAAGAGCUGGUCAAAGUGGCCAAGGCUGUGAACAAAAUGCCUUUCUGCCAACUGGAUGAAGCUAAAAGGAGAACGAGUGUGAAAGUUGAUGGUGUUGCUGCCGUGUACAAGACUCCAAGCCAGGAGCCGCAGUACAGAGAGGACUUCCUGAAAUAUGCCUGCGUUCUCACCCUGGACCCCAACACAGCCUACCGCCAGCUGUACCUAUCUAGAGGCAACAAGAAGGCAGCCCUGAAGAGAGAACCCCAGGACUAUGCUGACAGUGCCUCCAGGUUUGACUGCCUGCCCCAGGUCCUCUGCAAAGAGCCCCUGUCUGGAGGUGCCUAUUACUGGGAGGUGGAGUGGAGUGGAGAGGGGGCCUCCGUGGGCGUCACCUACAAGGGCAUCAAGAGGGUAGGCUACGGGGACAGCUGCCGCAUCGGCUACAACCGCAAGUCCUGGAGCCUCUUCUGCUCUGAUUCCAGCUAUUCCGCCCGGUAUAGUAAAGACCAGGUGGAAAUCAACGCACCCUACUCCUCCAGGAUAGGGGUCUUCCUGGACCACUCAGCAGGCACCCUCUCGUUCUACACUGUGGGGGACACCAUGUCUCUUAUACACCGCUUCAAGGCCUCCUUCGCUGAGCCUGUCUACCCAGGCUUUUGGGUCUGGUAUGAGUCAGCGGUCACCAUCCGUCAGCUGUCAUAAUAUUAUAUUACCUAUGAUUGUCUAUGUAUCAAUCAUCAUACGUAUUGUGAUUCAAAUAAUAUAACUGCAUUUGUAAUUUGACUGAAACCACACACUGAUUGACAGACCAAACUUAAAGGGAUAGUUCAGCCAAAUCACAAAAUGACACAUUGGUUUCCUUACCUUAAGACUCCACAGCAGCAGAGCCAAUAAAAUACACAAUUUGAAGAACAAA